AUGUCCAACAAGAUUGCAACGCUCUUUGCUCUUGCAGUGGGCACUGACGCGCAUGGCUAUCUCUCCUCCCCUAUGAGCCGAACAGGCUUAAAUGCUCAAGCUGGAGCAGACACGUGCCCGGAGUGUACUAUUCUUGAGCCGGUAACGGCAUGGCCUGACCUCGAUGCCGCGACAGUGGUCCGUUCGGGUCCUUGCGGAUACAACGCUCGCGUGUCCGUCGACUACAACCAACCCGGCCCUCGCUGGGGAUCGCAGCCCGUCAUUACCUACAAGGGUGGCGAUGUAGUUGAUGUGCAGUGGUGCCUCGAUGCCAACGGCGACCACGGCGGCAUGUUCAGCUACCGGAUAUGCCAAGAUCAAGCUCUUGUCGACAAGUUUUUGACUCCCGGAUAUCUUCCUACCGAAGCAGAGAAGCAAGCGGCUGAGAAAUGCUUCCAAGCUGGAGAGUUGAAAUGCACAGACGUGCCUGGUCAGACGUGCGGCUUUAAUGCAGACUGCCAGCAAGGCCAGGCGUGCUGGAGGAACGACUGGUUCACAUGUGGUGGCUUCAACUCUGGCACAAGAUGUAGGGGCGUCGAUAAUGCAGCCCUCAACUCGUGCUAUACCAGCAUCGCUGGCGGAUACACAGUCAGCUCGAAGAUCAAGAUCCCCAACUACAUAAGCAACCACACGCUGCUUUCGUUCAAGUGGAACUCUUUCCAGACGCCGCAGAUAUACCUCACCUGCGCUGAUAUCAAGAUCACUGGCAGCGGAUCAGGCGGCUCGACUCCAACCACUUCAAGCAAGGCCCCCGCCUCUUCGACGAAGCCGACUUCGACACCGGCGCCUGGCGGCUGCGCAACGCCUGUAUCAACUGUAUCGGUGACUUUCAAUUCCAAGACCACAACGUCGGUUGGUCAGACAGUCAAGAUUGCUGGAUCCAUCUCGCAGCUCGGCAACUGGAACACGGCGUCUGCGCCUGCACUCUCUGCGAGCCAAUACACCGCUUCAAACCCGCUGUGGACGACGAAGAUUGACCUUCCGGCUGGCACUAGCUUUGAUUAUAAGUUCAUCAAGGUAGACAGCAAUGGUGCGGUUACGUAUGAGUCUGGUGCUAACCGCGCGUACACUGUUCCAACGGGAUGCUCGAGCGUGGCUACUGUUGAUGCCACCUGGAAAUAA